UUUUUGGGGGAGGGGGUAUAUUUAACGAGUACAUCCCGCCUCUUUGCCCCACACCGACUCCGUUCGUGGCGGUGAUGCUCCGGCAUUACAAGCAGGGGAAGUGACGCCAAUCUCGCACGACGCUGCCAGGAGGGAGAGGAUGGAGGAGCCGGGCCCCAGGCCCGUGGAGCUGGGCUUCGUGGAGCCGGCGGCCCCGGCGCGGCUGGCCAGCUCGCAGUUCCCCAGUAAGGUGGGCGGGCGGCCGGCCUGGCUGAGCCUGGAGCUGCCGGGGCCCGAGCGCCUGCGGUGCGGCGGAUGCGCGCAGCCCCUGACCUUCCUGCUGCAGGUGUACGCGCCGCGGGACAGCGCCUUCCACCGCUCGCUCCUCAUCUUCUGCUGCGCGCUCUCGGACUGUCGGGACCGCAGCUUCGUCGUCCUGCGAAGCCAGCUGGGGCGGGUGAACGAUUUCUAUUCGGCCGAGCCGGAGCCGGAGCCGGAGCCCGAUGCACCUCUCAGGCCGAUUCCUGGACUCAGCCUGUGCCGUGUGUGCGGGGCCUCUGGCCCCAAGGCCUGCUCCCGUUGCCGUCGCGCCCGCUACUGCGGCAAGGAGCACCAAAGAGCCGACUGGAAAGCGGGGCAUCGAGCGGUGUGCGGCCAGCCCGGACAACCGGACGAGGAUGGGUUUUCAGCUCUCAAUAUCCUUUUUCCCGAGUUCGAGCUGGUGAUGGAGCUCGAGGAAUCGGAGGGUGAGGAACUGGAAAAACUCCAAACGUGCAUGGACUCCUUGUCAGUACAAAAAAGUGUACCAAACUAUGUAAAGCAGACAGGAGUUGACAAUUUACUUUUCCUUGCUAAUAAAGACACUGUUUGCAUGUCUGAAGUGAUGGAGGAGCAGGAGCUGGAAGCCAUGGCAAGACAUGCAACGAAAGAAGACCAGAUCUUCGCUAAGUUUAAGAAGCGGAUUGCAUUAGCACCUGAUCAGGUAUUGCGCUACUGCAGAGGAGGAGGCCCGUUGUGGGUAUCUGGUAAUAACACUCCAACAGAUAAUGACAUCCCAAAUUGUUCUUGUGGAGCUAGGCGUGAAUUUGAAUUUCAGGUGAUGCCACAGUUGCUUAACCAGCUUAAAGUGGAUCGGCUUGAAGAAAGUUUGGACUGGGGAACACUUACUGUUUAUACCUGUGCACAAAGCUGUGAUCCUGGCAACACAUACGUUCUCGAAUUCAUCUGGAAGCAGGAUUUUACUGCAGAGCAGGUGUAAUUAUUUACUGCACAUGAACAGAAUCUAUUGCCUAGAUUCCUUCCCUUCCACCCCCAAAGACUGCUCUUUUAUAGACAGCAUUACUGUGUUCACUCGCACUUCCAAAUGUGUGAAGACGUUGCUCCAAGAACCUGUAUGCUUAAAAUUAAUGGAGAAACAGAUAGUUUGGGGUCUGAUUUUGUAAAGAUUGUUUUACAAACUGAUAAAGAACAUAACUGUACAAAUAGUAAAUUGUAUUGAUACAUUACUUGUA